UCGAACGGAGAGAGAGUCGAUGAGUCGCGCUCGAGCAUUUGAUUGCGCGAACCUAACCUUAAUCUAACCUAAGUAGCUCGUGUGCACAAUGUAUCCGGAACAGGUUCAUCUCCGGAGAGAACUGUAGCUGAUAACCAAUAGUAAUCAACUGUUAACAAAAAUUUUUUGUUAUCGUUUGUUGCCGUUUUGUCCGUACAAAAAUUCGCAAACACACGUUUUCGGUAACGAAUACGGUACGUACAUCGACAUGCCGAUUGCCUUCGGUAUUUUGACCUCGCCGGUUCGAAUUGCGUCUCAAUAACAAUGGCGGUUGCCGCUUCGCGGGUAGACGAGUUGAUAAAUUAUUUCAAGUCGCACAACAAGAUCCGCGAACAACAGAGUCACUCGGCGAAGGUGCACAGUGUGGGAUGGAGCUGCGACGGCAAAUACCUGGCUUCCGGAUCAUUCGACAAGUCCGUUUGCAUAUUCUCUCUAUGUCCCGAUCGCUUGAAACAAGAAACAACAUUCAGAGGUCACGGAGGUAGUGUGGAUCAACUGUGCUGGCACGCUUUCUCUCCGGAGUUGCUGUCCACAGCAAGCGGCGACAAGACAGUCAGGAUCUGGGACACGAGGGUGCAGAAGUGCACGGCGAACAUCAGCACCAAAGGCGAGAAUAUCAAUAUAUCGUGGUCUCCGGAUGGUAACACAAUCGCAGUUGGGAACAAAGAGGAUCUUGUUACCUUUAUUGACGCUCGUGUGAUGAAGAUACGCGCGGAAGAGCAGUUCAACUUUGAGGUGAAUGAGAUAGCGUGGAACAAGGAUUCCGACACGUUCUAUCUGACAAACGGUCAGGGUUGUGUGCACAUACUCAGUUACCCGGAGCUGGACUUGCUGCAUGUGAUCAAAGCGCAUCCGGGAACGUGUAUAUGCAUAGAAUUCGAUCCAACUGGGAAAUAUUUCGCAACCGGAUCAGCGGACGCGUUAGUCUCUUUGUGGGACGCGGACGAGUUGUGUUGUCUGAGGACGUUCUCGCGACUCGAAUGGCCAGUGAGGACCAUUUCCUUCUCGUUUGACGGUCAGUUGUUGGCGGCCGCCUCCGAGGACUUGGUCAUUGAUAUCGGUGAGGUGCAGACUGGUGAAAAAAUCACCGAUAUUUCCGUGGAAGCGGCAACGUUCACUGUUGCCUGGCAUCCGAAACAAUAUCUUCUUGCCUACGCGUGCGACGACAAAGAUACUUACGAUCGAAAACGAGAUGCGGGUAGUCUAAAGGUGUUCGGUUUUGCGAACGACUGAACCUUUGUUUUAUGUUUUGAAAUCUAGAAUAUAUAAAAAGAAAUAAGAAAAUGGCAAUAACAAGCUAACACAUAAGAGUUCGGGGUACAAUUUUUUUAUCAAUUGCCAUUUUCUUAUUUGUUUUUAUCAAAAUAUUCAACAAGCUGAAAACAUACAAUAGAAUAUGUAAGAUAUUUUUAUAUAUUUUUUUAUAUAAACUAAACUUGGGUGUUUAACAAAAUGAAUGGAUCAUUUCCAUCUGGAAUAUGCGGAAUAACAGAAUUUUUGUAAGGGAUAUUUUAUUAAAUUUCUUUUCUUUGCUUAUUUCUGCAAAUUUAUAAUUUGAAAUAUUAUUAAGACCAAGCAAUGGCAAUCGGUCACGUGCAAAAGUCAUUUUUGUAAAUAAUCUCACGACAUUUAUGCGAAUAAUGUGUAUCUAAAAUAUAUAUGGAACGACGAGAAAAAUGACUUUUUUUUUUAUAAUCGUAAUAGGAAAAGUUUGUAAAUAUACGUAUUUUGUAUUGAGACAAUAAAACAACAUGUGAGAAUGAAAAAAAACGAAAUGCG